CGGUCGCCUAAGCCGGCAUUGAACCGAACGCAGCGCGUCACGCCCCGCGUCGUCCAUAUAAAUACAAACACCCAUUCACCUCGAGUGCAACGGUGGUCCGCAAGAACUGCCCAAUUCUUGCGCGGCGUGCGCUGAAGAGAUCGAGUUCGCGUCCGGUCAGUUUUGCUGACCAAACCAGAUCUGCAGAACCAUGAACCCCCCAUACCGCGCGGCGCCUCCAGUGCGCAUCAAGCAAGAAGCCGUGGACGAUGACGAGCCCAUGGAUCGUUCCCCAACACCGCAAGAAGAACUGUUCGUCGCUCAAGCCCCGGCAAGGGAGCGCGCAAAGGACUCGCAAGGCCGCACUUUCUCCACGCAGUGUUUCGAGGCGCCUUAUCUGCACCGCCCUCACUUCCAUCGCCUCAAGUGCGGACAUGACAUCGUCACCGUCGAGCCCGAAAUCUGUGGUUCGAAUUGCAUGCCCGCCACUCGAGACACAGGAUCAGAUCUGAAGGCAGCUUUCAAGCCUUUCGAGUGUCCGGAUCCGAGUCAUUACGUUGACAAGCAAGUGUUUGCGCCGAAGAAAAACCCAAAGACUGGUCGCCAAAUCAAGGGCCGGGUCUGUCAACUAGGCCACGUGCGCGGUCGUAGCCAGGAGGCCGAUAACCAGUGGGAAAAGCAGAAGUCGGAGUUGGCACAGUUAAAGAGCCGGAGCCUGCAUCCCCCUGAGAAAUACAAGGCGCUCUUCCGCAAGACCAGUCAAUCUCCUGAACGCCGAGAAGAUCCUCCGAUCAAGAGCUCGCGACGUCGUGCUUCGACAAUCGUGACAGCAGACGAGCUCAACGCUAGUAUGGACAGCGCCACCAGAACUCUCCUUCUUGCGCAGAACGGAAGACAGACUCGACGUAUUCGAGGCGAUCGGCUCGAAACAGAGACAGACAGAGUCUUCGAUGAUGCAGAACGCAAGAUUGGUAUGAUGGGUUUCGAGAACGUCGCACCGGCUAAGCGCCGAUCGCGUCCAGCUAAGAGCAAGAAGAGCAAUACGCCCGCCAUCUCCACCUCAACGCAUCCAACGAGAGCUUGCGAUGUUUGCGGCGAAUGCGGCAAAGCCUUGACCGAGGAGCUGUACCGCUGCCGACAGUGCACGGAAAAUAACUCGGAAUUCAUCCUGUGCGGUUCAUGCAACGCGAGCGCUUACCAUCUUCAUUUGAGAGAUCACCCAAGUCACCUCUUGGUGCUUGAAGAUGUUCGUGGUGGAGAAUGGUCAAAUGUCGGAGAAGCCAAGGAACCUUUCGCAACGCAUUGCACAUGCCGCUCGAUGGACCUGCAGUACAUGCUACAGUGCGACACGUGCAGCAAGCCUUUCCAUCCAGGCUGUGUCGGAAAAGGUUUUCAAGGCGAGGCGCACUAUGAUUUGCCCGACCGCGACGAGUUCCUGAAGGCUGACUUUGAGCAUUUCCGGCAAGCUCAGGAUGAGGUCUUCACAUGCAAGAAAUGCGAUGCUCUUGACCUCUUCGAGAACGGGAUUGCGAAGCAGAGAAAGCGGGACAGACUCCACGCAGACUUCUUGCUGCAGUACAUGCCAAAACUGAUGAUUCAGAAGGGCGUGAUGAUGAAGAGAGCAGUGUCGGAUGAACAGAGAGCUCUUGUCGAUUCUCACUUCGCUGCAAUCGAGGAGGAGAUGAAUGAGGGCAAAGUCUUGACCGACGAGCACUGGAGAGCACUGCUGGCCAAAUCUCAGCAGAUCAAUUUCCCGCCUCCAAAGCCGCAGAAGCGCGAUGCGAUGGAAAUGGACGAGCCGAUGGAAACGGACGAGCCGAUGGAAACGGACGAGCCGAUGGAAACGGACGAGCCGAUGGAAACGGACGAGCAGACUCCCGACCAGACCAAUGGCGGUGAUGCGGCCCAGAGUGUCCCAGUUGCAGCAAACGAUGGUCCAGCGAAGCGUACCAAGGUCGAACGCCCUGGGCAGCCGUACAGACUUGGAGUGUCCAUGACUUUGCGAAUGGACAAUCGCCGCAAGGACUGAAGCUAGGUGCUGUGGAGAGAGACGAGUUGUGAGGCUUGCGUUGUGUGAUUGACUUUUUGGGAGGCUUGCGUUGUGUGAUUGACUUUUUGGGAGGCUAGCAUUGUGUUCUUGACUUCUUUGGCCGGCCAAGUGAAGGAUGAACACCACAGAAUGUUGCUGCUUGGAAUGGGAGAGCUGUAUGGGUUCCACGCUUGUACAGCAGAGCUUGCACCACAGCGUGUUGCUGCUCGAGAUGGAAGAGCCAUAUUGGUUCCGUGCGUGUACAGAAAAGGUAGCAGCAGAUGAAGACCCAGGAGGUCAUCACGUCUGCUCAAAUGAAAUCUUUGCUCCAGCUCCGCUUCGCUUCUUCACGGAUCAGCCCUUGAGGAAC